UAAACGUUUUGUCCUCGUGCGCAUGUCCCUUCAGUCAGAACUCAAGGGAAAAGUGGAUACUGCUGUUACCUGAGGAAAACACUGCCUUGGCUGGAUAAACAUGAGCAAACUGACAGAAUUCAAUGUCGAGGACAUGAUUAAUACCACACCACUGAAAGGAGCAGGUGGAGACACUCAGGAGCCCAAAGUUGAACAGCUGAUGAACAAACUAAGGAGGCUUCAACAAGGUAAAAGAGUCCUGGAAGAAGAAAUUAAGGAAAUCAAAUCUGUCAGUGACUCUUUGCAGAAGGAGCUGGCAACUUUACAAACUGAAGCUUACCAACUUGAGGGAAUUCACAAAGAAAAAGAAGAGUUGAGCAGGAAGCUGCAGUUCCAGUGUGACGAGUCUGAUCAGGACUUUUCCAGGCAGUUAGAACAGAAUAAGAAAAGUGAAGAACUGCUAGAACAGUACAGAUGUCAAAUCCAGGAAUUCAAGCUUAAACACCGGAAGCUGAGGAUGAAGUUUGAAAACCAACUCUAUCAGCUGAUAGAGCAGCACAAGAAUCUACACUCUAUCUUUACUCCAGAGAGGCUCCCAGAUGAAAUAGAGAAUGCUGAGAAUAUAAAAAGUCAGCUGCUAUCAGCUGAACAGCUGAAGCUGGCUCAGCUGCACCGAAUCAACGAAGAGCUAGAAGACGUGAGGAAACAGAGGCAGUCGGCUGUAGAGACUCAGGAGCAGUAAAACUACAUGUGCAGUGGUAGUUCUAGAGAAUCAGAGGUAAUAAUCUUUUGUUUUAUUCCCAGCUUGAGGCACUUUUUAACACUCCUCCCUUUUAUCAGGUGAAAACCUUAUAAUGCUUCUGGGUUUCACCAGCCCAAGGGUUGUGCAAUCCUGCCAAACCCGCACAGCGAAAAACAGAACUUCAGUUGACUUUGAAAUGAGAUGAAAAUAACCAGAAUUUUAGUCACAAUUUGUUGAUUUAUACCAAUGACAUCCAGAUGAGAUGUUUGCCUGUCCUUCUGUAUUUUUCUCUGAGUAGUUACUGCUUUUAUAUCAGCUGUUCUGUGAGGCAUGGGCUUGUUUCUGUGACGCAGUUUAUCGCAGAGUAUAUUUAAAUUUGAUGUAUUUAUGAAACUUUAUAUUCUGUGACUGGUGACUGGUGUUUUUCAGAUAGGUGGAUGCCAGUAGUAGUGUCAUAUAUGGUACUAUGUUCAUUUUACUUGAAUAUUGUGUAUUUAAACAAUAGCAAGGUGUUCUUAUAUUUUAUUAAAUUACAUUAUAGAAUAUAGUUUUUAGUUGUUAUGACACUGCUGUCAAAAGGAUCUUAUUGUAUGUAUCUUAAAGAACCUAUAAAUGAAAACAGUACAGGCAUUCAGUACAAUAUACACACUUACUGUAUACAUGUACACACAGCCACAUUCAGCUUCAGGUUUUAAAGCAAUUUAAUAAAACACUUUCUGCAGUAUUCCAAAUACAAUGUAAUACUAUCUGAGGUUUAAAAAACACAUUCACCCUGUGCAACUGAUUUCCCCUAAUUAAUGCCAAUUACUUUUUACAGCCAAUACCAGACAACUUACAUUAAUCAAAAA